GUAAACUGUCCCCCUCGCGGCUGAUUUAAGCUGUUGCAUUCCCCUCGCAGCCUCAUAGACCACCUCACCGGCCACGGACUGUCCUGUGGCUCGCCUGCAGUUACCAGACAAGAAUGCGUCCCUCGGUGUGCCCCCCGGCCAUGCCCUCUACAGCAGUCUUGGCGGCAGCCCUGCUCCUCCUGCUGGCCAGCCCCUCUCUGUCUACCGCCAAACGUUUCGACUGUCAGAUGUUCUGUCGGACCACAGGGUACAACGGCAUGGUUGGCGGAUGUCGCUGUUCCUUCACCCUCUUCACUGCCAAGCGCUCAGCUAGAGACCACAACAGUGUUCCUGAAGAAGUGGACCCCUCGCUGGAGGAUGCUCGCCUUGAGGAACCUCACUACUUCAGCCUUUCUGACCUCGUACGGAUGGCCCGAGAGACUCACGGGAGUGUCCCAGUGGAAGGAGCCCGUCUAGAAUCCUCAAGUGGAGGCCACGACAUUGUAAACACUCAAGCAAUUCCCAAGAACCAUCCAGUGCGUCUAUUGGUCAGGACUAAUGGUAGUUCAGGCACUCAGGAGCCCUCCUCCGCGGAAGAGGAAUCUCCAUCUCAGAUGCUGUUAAAACGCAAGGAGUUUGAACAAGACCUAGAUAAUGGGGACACGACCGAUUAUCUGAGGUUGUCUUAUUAGAUGUCGUUGACAUACAGCUUCGCAUCUAAGGUGUUUUCAUUCAUUUACAAAUUCACCCAUUACAUUUAAAUUAUUUUGUUAAAUUAGUUACAGAUCUUGGCACUACAGAGGUCUAAAUUAUGAUAAGUGUUCACUAAAUAAGUGCAUCAGAGUCCUGCUAUAGGCAAGUGUAGGGUGCCAUUAUAUUCACUAUCAUAACACUUGAGGUGUUCCACAAUUUCAUCCUCGAGGCAUAUAUGUUUAAUAACCAGUCAUCUGUAUGGGAUCUAGUGAGAGUGUGCCUCCUGUUUUGCCUUAAAAUAUCAGUUAACCAUUUAGACUCACGCAUAAUCUUAGAUGAAUUAUAUCAAUGUGGCGUUAGCAAGGUGAGCGUAGGGAAAAUGGCAUAAGUCCCCAGUUUUCCAUAAUUUCCUGAUGUUACUUUAUUGUUUACUGUUUGAGAAUAACCUCUGGAUACCUGCCAACCUAAAAUGUUUUCAAUAUACAUUCUCGCCAUGAUAUCAAACAUUUAAUAAAGACACAUACGACAAUGAAAA